CCGUGGAAAUAAUAUCGAGUAUGUGGCAUCCGAGUAAGUGGUCUGUUUAUUGCCAAAAUGCAUUGGAAAAAAUGAGUAAUUAAGGUACGGAGGCAACGGUACGUGCUAUAAAACAGUUUACGGCCGACUGAAAGUUUUCAGAAGCGAAAAGGAACUUUUCAACACGUUGACAUUCAAUAUAUCGACGCAAAUGCACGGGGAAGAAAAUGUCAAGAACAAAAAGCGCACCGUAUAACCUAACGCGAUGGGACAACCCGGAGGAUCCACUCGCUCCUCUGACACAGAGUCAAAAAAAGUGUCUAUCCUUAUUACAGGAUGAAAUUCUACCAGCGGAUCGUCCGAGCAGCGUCACAGCACCUCAUAUGAAGAUAAAGGGUGAUGACGAAGAAAUAGAAGAAGAGAAGGAGAUGGGCUAUUCGGAGAAGAUCGAGACGUACCAAGAGUUGCUCCAAAAUUACACCGCCUUGGAGAAGCGGUUCAUGUCUGUUGCGGACCUGAAAUACACAGCUUACUUAGAACAGCUGAAAUCGCGUCGAAAUGAGUGUCACCAACUGUGCGUAGAGAUAGAAAAUGCGCUGCAAGACUUUGCCACUUUGUCCAAGCAGUAUACAGCUGUAUCGUCGAGGACAACUUUGCUACACGAGGCCAGUGAGCAGUUGAUAUCGGACCAACAAAAGUUGAACUCAUUCAAUGAUGAGAUAGUGCGCCACUUGAAAUACUUCAAAGAGGUCGAUCGGAUUCUGGAAAAGCUCGAGGCUCCAACUCUCUCCGUGAACAGCGAAAUCUUCUUCGAUCUACUCGACAAGAUCGAUUCCAAUAUGGACUUUGUUCAGAAUAACGACAGCUUUAAAGAAAGCAGGACCUACCUCGUUAAAUACAGGCACUGCCAGUCCAAGGCUAUCACUCUGAUACAACACUAUGUUUUUAACCAGUUUGCCAAUGCCACUGACAGCAUUCUAAGCCCUAAAGAAACCGAUAACGAACCCAAGAACUCAGACGCUGCUUUAGCUCUAUUUUAUGGCAGGUUUCAGUCUGUCCUACCCAAGAUAAAAUGCGUUCUGGAACAGAUUGAGUCCAAGUCUUCGAAAAGACAAGAGUAUGAGACACUAUUGACGGAGUGCCAUCAGUCUUACUUGAGCCAUAGAGGAACGGUUUUAGGCCCUGGUGUCACUCAGGCUCUCAAUUCCGUUAAGGAAAGGUAUAACGGGGACCAUUGCAGUCUGGUGCGUCAUUCGUGUGCGCUGUUGUUGCAUGCGUCAAUAGAUGAGCACCGUCUGUUCUAUCAGUUCUUCAGCAAGACAUCAGCAUCGUUGAACGUCUACUUAGAAGGUCUUUGCACAUCUCUGUAUGACGCGCUCCGACCUUUUAUCAUUCACAUCAAUCAUCUCGAAACACUUGCCGAGAUCUGCUGCAUCCUCAGAAUAGAGAUGCUCGACGAACAUGUGCAGAACAACUCUGAGCCUCUUCAAGGCUUUGGCAGUAUCUGCCUCCAGCUCCUUCACGACGUUCAGGAACGUCUGGUCUUCCGAGCACAUCUGUACUUACAGUCCGACGUUCUUAAUUACAAUCCUUCAGCUGGGGACCUUGCAUAUCCGGAGAAACUCAAGAUGAUGGAGGACAUUGCAGAGUCAAUACGUGAGGAAACUAACCAGCUCAGAAUGAAACGAAUUUCUCUAUCGUCGAAUGAUAGCGGAACGCCUGAGGCAAUUUCUCGGAAUCAUUUGAUGAUGGAUCCGCUUCAUUAUCAGAAGUCUAGCGCUGCGAACUCUCCAGCUGAUUUGCAUGGAAUGUGGUAUCCGACAGUGAGACGCACCCUUGUUUGUCUCUCUAGGCUUUACAGGUGCGUCGAUAGGCCAGUCUUUCAAUCCCUGAGUCAGGAAGCCAUAUCGCUUUGCGUUCAGAGUAUAGAGACUGCUCGACAGAAGAUAAACCUGAGGUCUACGCCACUGGAUGCGGAACUCUUCCAAGUUAAGCAUUUACUGAUACUGCGCGAGCAGAUCGCCCCUUUUCAAGUGGAUUUCACCAUAAAGGAAUAUAGCCUGGACUUUUCCAAAGUUAAGACAGCAGCUUUUGGACUUCUUGAAAAAAGGUCCAGACUUUUUACGCUCUCAAAUAACGCUUUGUUGGAGUUUCUGCUAGAAGGCGCUCCACAGAUGAAAGAGCAGCUCAUUGAUUCACGUAAACAUGUAGACGCUAAGCUCAAAUCGACCUGUCAACGUCUGAUACAGCAUGCUACCCACUUGCUGAUUGAGCCAGUGAUAAAGUUGCUGGAGACAGCAAAAAUGUAUGUCAAUUCCGAUGGAUCAAAUAGAAUAAGGCAGCAGCCCUUUGGCUCAGCCCAAGAAAUAGCUAAAGCUGUUGGGGAUACUCAGAGACUUAUUAAAUUCAAGUUACCAAAUAUUCAGCAGUCGAUGCAGCUGUACUUGGCCAACAGAGAAACUGAAUGCAUACUUUUUAGGCCUAUUAAGAACAACAUCGUUGCUGCUUUUACACAGUUGCUGCAAUUGCUGAGCAAUAAUUAUACCGCCGAGGAACUCCUCCUCAUUGCUUGUCCCUUGCCUGAUCAGAUUUCAGUUACUCUAAGCUCAACCAGCCUUGCACACGGAAAGUUGGCCCAACUCGAAGCACAGCGAUUAGAGACAGAAGUAAAACCGGUAGAAGAAAUAGGAGAUGGCGGAGUCAAGGGUAAUACGGAAACUUCCGUUAGUACUGGUCAAACUUCGUUUACAGAUUGAAAAAUUUAGGAGAGCCAGAGUCAAAUUAGGGAGAAUAAUAUUAACAAUAAUAUGUGAGCAGCAAUAGUUGCAUCUCCGUAAUGAUUUUCAGUAUCAAUGUUUGAAGAUAGGCAAUUCAAUUAGGUAUUAUGCAAUAAUAAACUUUGAAAAUGUGAAUUAUUUAUGUACGCAAAAUAAAAUUCGACGUAGAGAGUUAAAAUUAUUUGCCGUGAUGAUUGUUAUAGGUAUUUAGGAUCGAAUAUUUUUAUAAAUAGUAAUAUAUGAUACAGAAUGUAUAGGAUAUUAUAUAUUAUAAAUAAUGUAUAUACAUUUACACCUGCUUAAGAUAGUAAUCAUGUACAUAAACAACGUUAAUAAACCUACAUUAAGUUUAAUGAGAA